AUGGCAGAACCGUGGCUAGACGGCCUCGAUGACGACUGGGAAUCGCAGCAGGUUGUCUCUGCGACCAACUCGCCAGACCUUCCGGGCGACAGCGACGACGCCGACGCCGACACCUCGCCCACUCCCUCUCCACGGCCUUAUCGCGACAGCUCCAGCGCCAGCAACGAACCCCACAGCCACCACUGCUUGGGGCAGACCUCGACGGUAAACAGGAUGAGCGAUGGCCAUGGGACGAUGCAGAUCAAAGCACGGAGCGAGGGAGUCAGCAAUACCACGCCGGAGUGGAAAAGGAGAAUCAUCAGAGGCGAGCGCGCUCUCGGCGAGGCAGGCGACCUUUUCGGCCCAAUGGGGUUGGAGACCGUCUUCAGGCCGCCAUCGUUCUCAGAAUCCCAGUUCCAGUCCCAUAUCUCGGUCCCUGUGGCUGCUGAUGCGGCCGCUCGCCAGGACGGCUUGUCUUCACGCGAACCGUUCCACAGCCAGAGAGCAAAUGGCACCCAGAAGAGCCAACGGAGCCAACGGAGCCUAUGGAGUCAACGGAGCCAGCGAAGCCAGAGAAGUCGCGGAGGACUUUUUCGCGAUUCCCAUGGAGGAAACGACACCUCGUGGAUGGAACAUAUGUCGGAGGUCAUGAUAGGAGGCGAUGGGAGGCCCUACACCGCGCAAAAGAACCAGCUCGAAAGCAUCGAACCCCUGCGAGAACACCUCUCUUCCCUGAGCAUUGAAUUCAACUCGAGGCUUAGCUCUAGCAGCCAUGCCAGUGCUAGUAUAAUACGCGACAACGGGGCCAGCUGUAUCUCGUUACCGAAACGUAACCAGUCGAGCCGGAGUCCGACACGAUUGGAGAACAUGCCUACGUUCAGUGACAGCCUCCUACAGGAUGACAACUUCGAGGCCGACGCCGAUAAUCUUACUUCAAUAUCACUACCAGAGGGCCUAUCCAUGGGUACACAGGAUUGCACGUCACCGGCCAGCAUCGUGGAUGCUUCACGUCAAGCAGCACAUUCGGACAGCGGCUCCUUUCGCAGACGGACACCAUCAUCGCGUCCACCACACACUCAAGACUCAAUUCUAGAGGAAGACUCGAUAUCUCCUGUACCCCAGACGCCGCAAACGCCGCCGUCGAUACGCCUUUACUCUCCCCAAGACGUGGAACUGCCAGCGGAGGAUAGCUCAAAGCCCAGGCCCUCGUCUUCAGGGAGCCCUCUAAAGCUGUUUGGAAACCAUGAUACCUACACGAGCAACAAGCUCCUGCGUCGGAUAAGUCAGUUUGAGGCUGCCAAUACCUUAGAUAUAGAUGAACCUAGCCAUCUCGAUGCAGAACGCGAAGAUAUUGCCUCAGAUGAGAUACCUAAGGUAUCCUCCAGGACCAAUAUUUCCAGAUCAAACCAUAUUACAAACGCGGGAAUGGAGAAUAGACAGCCUCGAAAUGCGCUUCAAGUCCCCAGCCCUUCACAGGACAAAGAAAAUAGCAUUCCACACCAUAUAUACGAGAGACAGCUAUUCCCCCUGUCCAAAACGGAAGCUAAACGCAGCCUGAAACGGUCGUCGAAAAUCACGGUCUCAAAAAGAAGGAGAACACUACAGGUUCUCCCAGAUCAAGAUCAGGUUUGGGACGAGUCGAUACUUGAUUCUACUGGACCUUUCUCAAAUCAUUCUCUCACUGAAGGUAUGGACGGAGGUCAACAACGCCUGCCUUCUUAUUCAAGGCCAACUGCGCCGACGCCAACUAGUUUCCGACCUAUCACGGUGAACGGACAAUCCCUGUUUGCCGGCACUGACAAGCAGGAAACAGCCGCAUGUCCCAAUGCCAGUUUUGUAUUCCACAUCGAACAUCCCAGGAAGGGCUCGAUUACUACCCAGGAGUAUUAUAAUGAAGCAUCAAAAGUGAUGGACCAUAUCAGGGCUCAAGGAGGACCGAUAAGCGGCUCCACCCGACGGAAUGAGGGUUAUCAAACCAUCUAUGAGGAUGAUUCCGCUUUAUACAGCGAUGAAUCCAGCGAAGAGCAAUUCUCGCGACCUCCCAGCCGCGACGGUGUUGAUUUGCGGAAGCAGAGGGAAAUGCCUCCGCCAAACCCUAGGAUUAUUAGCCACUUGAAGAAAUUUGAGGAGAAAGACGAAUUCGACGUCGGGAUGGGUGCCUCUGUGGGAACAUUGAAGUUCAGGCAACAACAUGGUCUGCUACACCCAAAUCAGCCAUCCCAUCGAGAUACUGGAUGCUUUGAUGACACAGUGGAAAGCAGCCCUGAGCACAUCCAGAUAAGUCCCAACAGCCGGCAUGAUGGGCAACAGAGUGAACUAGUACUUCGGUCAGAGGAAUCUAUAAAGAGCCAAAAAUCAGCAGCAAGCCUUCCGACUGGGUUUUCCCAGGGCUCUGCCAAUAGCUCUGGUGCAAAGGGGAUCAUAUCUUCGGAUCGAGUCUCCCAUUUAAUACCAGAAAACAUUGGGAAAAUGAUAUUUGAUCGGAAUACCCAAUGUUGGGUAAAGAAUAGAACUAGGUCUGACCAAGAUACCCAUAAUCGCUCCCAAACUGCCAGUGAGGAUGAUCCCUUCAAGGAUAUAUCUGACCUCAGCGUCGACGAGCUAAAGGAACUAGCCGUCGCCCGCGGCCUCAUACCAGCAGGGGAUGCAUAUGACUCUGAACCUGCGCCGCCAUCACCUGAAGAACCUCUCCCCCCAGAGCCUGAGAAGAAGGCACCUUUUCAAGCCGAGCACAAUACCCGCCCACAGACCCGAGAGAGCGUCCAGAAUCCGAUGUCUGAGUCUAGUUCGGUACAAUCUAAAUACACGCGAUUCACCGUUAGUGUGCCCAAGCCAGGCACUAGAGCUACUUCCUGGGGAUCGGAGGAGUUCCAAAACCACAAAGUGAACCUUGAAAAGCCCCAAGUUCUGGAACAAGAAAACCAGGAUGAUCAGCAACCAGAGGCCUAUAGUGGCCCAUUACAGGAGCCAAACAACCGGGCACGAUCCAGCACUAUCGCUUUUUCCUCUCCAUUGGUUUCUGGAGUUGCAUACCAGGGCGAAGACGAAUUAUGUUCUGAACAUACUCAAGAAGCCCAUGAGUGGAUAUCAGAUGCCGCAGUUCCAAGUCCGUUGGGUAAUACCCCACCGCAUGAUAUUCCAUUGCCGGAGCAAGACUGUUUUGAACUAUCAUGCAUCCAGGAAGGCACAGAAGAAUCAAUUGAUAGACAAGGCGAAGAACAGAAUAAUGAUCUGUCUGUUAUUCCGUCAGUAGCAGACAUUGAGCAGUCAGUCAUGAUUGCUCCGCCGAACCCGGAAUCGAGCCAUUACAGCUUUCACAUGAGCCCCCUGUCGGAGUUCACGGUCAAUCAGGCUGAUGAGUCCAUGAGAGGCGAGGCCAGCUACGUUGCUAAACGAGCAAAUCCACGGGCUCUACGACAGCUACAUGGGAAAUUAGCACUGGCCGCCGAGAAUAUCGUGCAGCACAUAACUGAUGCUGAGCCAUACGAGGCAUACUGGGAACAAAUGCGUCGGUUAGUCUUGAGAGGAAAGAGGCUCUUGACCCUUCAUCAGCUAGAUAAGUAUUGUCCUCAGCUCCAGGAGUUGGAUGUUGGGGAGAACAAGCUCAGCCACCUAAAUGGCGUCCCGACAACAGUCCGAAGCCUCGACUCACCACACAAUUGCCUCUCUGGUCUGACUUCAUGGGGCCAUCUAUCAAACCUUCAAUAUCUCGAUAUAUCCGGCAACGGCUUGGACAACCUUGAUGGACUCUCUAAGCUAUAUCACCUGCGGAGUUUGAAUGCGAGCCAUAAUAAGCUCACCUGUAUCAAGGGAAUCUUUGGGCUAGACGGCCUAUUAAAGCUUAAAGUCUCAAAUAAUCAAUUGACAUCUGUAGAUUUUAAGCAUGCUGACCUUACCCGAUUGAGUAAACUGGACCUGAGUGGUAAUGACAUCCAUACCAUACAGAACAUUGAUGUCCUACAUGGGAUCGAGACUAUCGAUCUUCGGAAGAACCAGAUGCAAGAGUUCGCGGUACGCCGGUCUCUUCGGCGUUUAGAUAUUCUCAAGCUGUCAGGGAACCAGCUCAGCCACCUUGAUUUGUCGUCAUUCCCAUCAUUGCGUGUGCUAUAUGUUGACUGCAACCACCUCAGCACAAUAGAGAAGCUAGAGGAUUGUCGAUUCCUCGAUACACUCUCUAUGCGGGAGCAAAGUAUAUCCUCCAAAGACCCUAGCAACUCGACUUGUUAUGCUGAACCCAUGACAGUAGCCCUCAAGCUGGGCAGCCUGUCUUCAAUCCGCAAAUUAUUCCUUUCAUCAAACUUCCUCUCAGAGGCCAUGCUCAAACCAGAUACUCCUAUUCUAAGCUUGCAACUCCUAGACCUAGCCUCAUGCACGCUUGAGGCUUUGCCUGAACAGUUUGGGGAAACAUUCUCUAAUUUGAAGACACUCAAUCUCAACUUCAAUGCCUUGUCGGAUAUUAAUAGUCUACGCGGCAUAAAACGAUUGAAUCGGCUAUCUUUGGUAGGCAACCGUAUCGCACGAUUACGACGGCUGUGCAAGGUCCUAGGGGAAAUUGGUGGAGCAUACGGCUCCUUGACCAGACUCGACUUGCGAGGUAACCCGUUAACCGUUGGAUUUUACCCACCACCAAUAUCGGGCAGUGGGAAGCAGCAGCAAAAAUACACAGGACAAAACGCCCAGCGAGGUCUUAUCAAACACAAGGCUGACGACGACUUCCUUGACCGGUCUCUUCCAUACAUCGGAGGAGGGAAGGACAUUGCCCGACACCCUUCAUACCACUCUAACAACUACAUCGACUAUCCUCCCUUGGCCGCUCAUGAUGAACAAAACGAAGCUGAAAACAAUGAAAAGGAAGUAGAUGACCCCUAUACCGUCCCCGUCGCGGAUCCAUUCGCAGAUGCGAAGUACCAGGCACACCUCGAUGAGCCUACUCGGCUAAGGCGACGGGUGAUAGAACUGAUGAUCCAAAAUGCUACGUCAGGACGACUAACGUAUCUCGACGGUCUGCUACAGAGCAGUUCGCCAGAUGACAAUGAAAUUAAUGAUGAUGAUGGCAGCGGACAUGUCGGUCCUGGAGAUGCGCAUGUUCAUGCCCACGAAGGCGCAGUCAGGGUGAAAAAGGACUGGGUAUGGAAUCGACUGGAGCAGCUGGGCGUACUGAGGAAGAAGGAAAAGGCAACGGAGAAAGGCAACGGGAGAGGAUAA